AUGUCUGAAACCAUCGAGGCUGGAUUCCAUCUUGCUGACAGUAAUGGUUACAUGCUUGGUCGAGGACACAGUGCAGCCUGUCGUCUCAAUCUCCAAUUCUUCCUGUGGAAGGAAUCUCUGAGAUUCAACAUCCACCCCUCCAUCCCCAUCAGCUCCAACCCUGUCAUUGCAGAUCUCGGCACUGGAACUGGCAUUUGGCUGAUCAAUCUUUCACGCGAGCUUCCCACGGCCACGCUCGACGGCUACGAUGUCGAUUUGUCCAAUAGUCCACCCAGGGAAUGGCUUCCAGAACGCCUCCACCUUCACCAUUGGGAUCUUUUCACACCAGUCCCUGACCACAUGGUUGGUAAAUACGACGUAGUUCACCUCCGCCUCCUCAUUCUCGUCGUGCAGAACAGCGAUCCGACCCCGGUUAUCCAAAAUGUGGCCCGUCUGCUUAAGCCUGGGGGCUAUGUCCAGUGGGACGACCUCAAUUACCCCGGUACCCAUAUCAGAAGGGCCAAUCCCUCGAUGAAGGCCCCGGCGUUCGACCGUCUCCGCCAAUUCGUCUAUUCGAAUGGACGCCACGAUUGGGUGCUCAACUUGCCGGAACUGUUGGCGCAGAAUGGGUUUACGGACACGCGACUGGAGCAUUUUGAUGACAGCAUUGAGCUGUCUACGGCAAAUGGAGAACAACAUUUGGCGACAAUGGAUGAGUUUGUAUUGUCAUUGGAGAAGAAGAACAUGAUGGAGGAUGCGCAGAAUAUUCGUCAAUUGCUGAAGGAUGUUGCCGUGGAGGCAGUGCACGGUGUAGCUUUGUCCAUGCCGCGGGUUGUGGCUGUCGGAAGAAAAGCAUGA